UCUAUAUUUUUGUUUAAUGAUUGUCGAGGAUAGUCAUAGUCUCACUUAGACAUUAAGUCAUAAAUGUGAAGCAUGUGAUUGUUUUUAAUGUCAUUGUUGUUUGUUUGUAUCUCCUCUUUAUUUAUAGUUUAAUAGGAUUCCUACAGACAUAAAUUGGGCUCACAAUUUCACAAAUACACUGGACAGACUGAUCUUUUCUUUUUCAUUUCAAUCACAGUACUUCUUACUGAAUUUAAGUCCUCAUAUAAUAACAAUUAUCUUGGACAUGUUGUCAUUCGCCAGUAGUGAGUAAAUCCGUUGGUGAAUAGGAAUAUUACAAUACAAUCAAAACAUAAACAGUAUAUUGCAAGUUCAGUGUCCAUUUUAGUAGCUCAUUCCUUCUCCCCAGCUCUUACUCACCUUUACAAACAUUAACAGUACAAGCCAUUUUACAUUAACUUUCUAAGAGUUUACUGUAACUUAUUCUCUCAUUAAGAGUGACUUGAAGGAAGUCAACCAUAAAAUCUCUAUUUAUUAGAUUGCUAAUCUUACAAGUAAUCACACAUAAUAUCUGUUGUACUGACAUAAAGAUCUCUGCCAACAGUGUACAUCUACUUUUUCUUUCUCAUCUGCACUCUUUUUUUUUUUUGCUGUAGUUGUCCCCCACCUCCCUGACACCUACGUGUUUUUGAGUUUGAAAUGACACACUUCUCUAUGGACCGAUGAUCAAAGAUAUACAGUAGAUGUGCUAAGUAAAGCAAUGGUAAUUACAUGUGACACAUACAAAAGGAUGUGACAGCAGAAGUAGUGACCGAACCUUAAAGAUUUAACCUGCCCUGCCUCCUGAAAUUCCUCACAUAGCCAAUAACUACUGACUAACCUGGAGCUGUAUAAAGACCCCACCUGGAUUUGUCCUUAUUUCAUAAGAAAUUGAGACAUCUUGAAAACAUAGAGUCUCUUGUUAAGCAUCAGAACAACACAAUAUCAGGCAGACCACGGAAUCACCACCUUUUACAAUCACUGAAAUUAUGGCUGACUUCAGUAGAGUGUCCUUGAUGGAUUAUUAACUAAAGUAAACUAAUCUUUGUAGUCUGUCUGCUGAAAGUCUCAGAGUGGACCAGACUCCUGCCACUUGCAGGAGAUGAAGUUGAAGUGUCUCAUUGUUCUUCUAUCAGUUAGAGUGACUCUGAUAGUUGAUAGUUGGAUCAGCAAAGCCGAAACAGCGGACUCAAACCCUGAACUCUUUGGAUUUUUCUAUUCUUUGUUGAAGGUUUGAAGGGAAACUUUUAAUGAGUGCAGUUGAUAUAAAUACGUCUGACAGUUGACAGAGUCUGAAAUGCACUGAAAAGCAUUUUUCUUGCUGUCUUUAGUUUGUACUUUUUCCAUUGGUAUUGGUAUAUGUGACAGUUUCAGGAUAGUUUGGAGGGAAAAACAUUAAACAUUAACAAGACUGAAUAAUACAGAAAUCCUGAAUCUUAACAGAAGUGUUAGUAAAAGGAAGCUCCUUCUGCUGAACUAACCAUGGUUGGUACAGGUGGUCCAGUGGCCACUUUCUCUGUGUGGGAUUAUGUGGCGUUUACUGGAAUAAUUUUGGGGGCAGCUGGCAUAGGCCUUUUCCAGGCCAUCCGAGGCCGUAAGGAGACCAGCAGCGCUGAGUUCUUGCUGGGUGGACGGCAAAUGACGGCUGUGCCGGUUGCCAUGUCGCUCACUGCCAGCUUCAUGUCUGGCAUCACAGUCAUUGGUACACCUACUGAGGCCUACCGUUUUGGAGCUGCAUUCUGGCUCUUCGGCUUCUCCUAUGCCAUCAUGUCUGUCAUCACUGCUGAGAUCUUUGUCCCGCUUUUCUACAGACUGGAGAUCACCAGCGCCUAUGAGUACCUGGAGAUGCGUUUCAGCCGGCCUAUUCGGGUAAUUGGGACAUCAAUGUACAUCGUACAGACGGCCCUGUACACCGGUUUGGUCAUCUAUGCUCCAGCUAUUGCACUAAAUCAAAUCACAGGACUCAAUCUAUGGGGAGUGCUGGUGGCUACAGGAGUGGUGUGCAUCAUCUACUGCACUUUGGGCGGACUGAAAGCUGUAAUCUGGACGGACGUGGUGCAGAUGGUGAUCAUGCUGGCAGGUUUUGUGGCUGUUAUAGCUAGAGGAGCUGUACUGCAGGGAGGCCUGACAAAGAUUUGGGAAGACGCCGGGCAAGGAGGCCGACUACAGGCGUUUGAUUUUGACCCAGAUCCUCUGAAGCGACACACUUUUUGGACUAUUAUAGUCGGUGGCAGCGUGAUGUGGGUGUCUAUCUACUCAAUCAACCAGUCCCAGGUGCAGCGCUACAUCUCCUGCAAAACCUUGGGACAUGCCAAGAUGUCUUUGUAUGUGAACAUGGUUGGCUUGUGGGUAACUGUGAGCCUGGCUGUGUUUUCUGGACUCACCAUGUUCUCCAUUUACAAGAACUGUGACCCAUUUACUAACGGUGAUAUAAGCACCCCUGACCAGCUGCUGCCCUACCUUGUGAUGGAUAUUCUGGCAGUCUACCCUGGAAUCCCUGGUUUGUUUGUGGCUGCUGCAUACAGUGGUACCCUUAGCACGGUGUCUUCCAGCAUUAAUGCCCUAGUUGCUGUUACAGUGGAAGACUUUAUUCUUCCAGUGUGCAAAAAUCUCACAGAGAAACAGGUGACCUGGAUGAACAUGGGCCUGAGUGUAUUCUUUGGUGCCCUGUGUAUUGGGAUGGCUGGAGUUGCUUCAGUGAUGGGAAGCGUUUUGCAGGCAGCUCUGUCCAUAUUUGGCAUGAUCAGUGGGCCUCUUCUUGGUCUUUACCUAUUAGGCAUGCUAUUCCGCACAUCAAAUUCAAUAGGAGGACUUGUGGGAAUGAUCAUUGGUCUGGUGUUGACUCUGUGGGUGGGGAUUGGAGGCCAGAUUUACCCACCAACAGCUGAAAAGACAAAUCCUCUCGAAGUCAGCACUGUAGGCUGCAACAUCACAAUGGGCCAAAAUUACACAACAACAGCGCCGUGGACCAGUCCAGUGACUCUGACCCCGCAGCCUGAUGUCAGGCCAGCUCUGGUAGACUCCUGGUACUCUUUGUCCUACCUCUACUUCUCUCUCUUGGGUACACUGAUCACAAUCGUGUCUGGUCUGCUGGUGAGCAUGAUCACAGGUGGAUGCAAGCAAGAAAAAAUGGACUCUAAUCUGUUUGUGAGGAAGAGCGACCUGAUCUGCUUCAGCUGCUGUAGUAAAUCAGAGGCAUCAGACGACACAAAAAUGGCAGCAACAGACUUUCAUAUGGAAGCUGACAACUCAACAUUCACAGACUUUGACGUAAUGAGUAAAGAUGUUGGAAAGGCCACUAAACUGUAAUGCUGUAUAUCAAUACAUUGUUCCUUUGUGGAGACAUUUUAAAGCAAUUUUGUUUUACAAACACAUAAAUGCCACAAUAAGCCACAAUUCUUUUACUGCUACAUCCCUGUGGUGCAUUUGAUUUGCAAAAUCGAAUUGUAACUUUAUUACCAGUAUGUGCCUAUUUAUGUUGAUAAUUCAUAUCAAUAUGAUAUAUCUUAAACAUGUUGCUAAAACUGAAACACAAAAUAAUUUUGAUUUUACAUGAAGAAACAGAACUAGUGAUGAAGCUGUAAAAGGAUAUUAUUCAAAUUCCAAAGUUUGCCUAAUUAUAUUGUAUGUUGCAACAGAAAAAAACCCCCCAAGAAAUAUACAGUAGGAAAAUGUUCUGCAGCAUUUGGUAGUAUAAACGAAGACGUUCCAGCUAGUAUUCUUCAGAACAGGGAAAAAGUCAUUUAAAAUAACACAAGUAUCUUUUGCCCCACACUGGUUGAGCUGCUCGCAUUUCCUGCUUAGCAGAGAUGUGGCAACACUGUACUUUUAUUGCCCUUUGUUCAAUUGUUCUCCCUGAUAGCAGCUGCUCGCUCUAUAUUCUUUACCUGAACAUUGUCCUCCUUCAUUUCAUGCUGACACAGACAGGCACACUGGAAUAUUGUUUGUUAUUUUACAAUAUGCAUGAUUUACAUUACUGUUUUGAAGGAACAAUGGCCAUUUGUUUUUGAGUAUGUUUAUUGCCUUGUUAUUUUUAUAUGGAAACUGUGCGCUCUUUAUGAACUAUGAAUUAGUCAUAAAUUCUACUUGUUAGUAAAUAUUUUGUACAAACUGUCCAACUGUGUUGACUGAAAACACAUGUACACAAGUAUACAAAUUCAGCACAGAGAACUUCAGUGAGUGUAUGACCUUCAAAUGUAUGUGAGAAAUAAUACAGGACAACAAAGCCAAGAAAAAUACAUUUAAUGUGUAAUUAUUGCUUUGGCAACAUGGUUUCUCUUCCAUUCUAGGGCUGUAAAAUGUAUUUAAACUGAACAAGCAAGAGACAGAGAGAGAGAGCUUGAGUUUUGGUCUAGGUAAUAAGCGUGUCCUUUGUCUCCCGGGCAACAUACUAUAGAGGAAGUUUACAAAGCACUGACCUGCCCACUUUUACCUGCCACUAUGCCUGCAUAUCAACCCUUUAGCCGUUCCAGGUUUGCAGGAAGUGGAGAGUCAGCAGUGACAUGGAGGCAGACUCGCUGCCAGGGAAGUGAACUAAGUUGCUGUUUUCAUUGAUACUAACAAAACAAGUACAGGACUUAAUGAUCAUGGAUACGAUCUUUGCUACCCUGGCUUGCUACUUUCUGGCCCUUUCUUUUGCUUUGGCACAAACAGAAAUGGGAAAUUCAACUACACCUACAAUAACAAGCCCUGACUUCAACCUGACACACACGACUACAAUGGCAACCCCAUCUAACUCUACUGUACAUGUAACUGUUAUCUCAAACUUCACUGAGAGCACGACUCCAUUUACCAGCAGAACCCAGGACAGUGAAACAUUCACCAAAACUAUAGCAGCUACAACUGAGAGCACAAGUCAUCUCCAGACUUCUCAGUCAACAACCAUCAUGACUCCUAAUAGUACAUUGCUGAGGACCACAACACCUGGCACUCAUACUCCAACAUUUACUGCACUGACAACACCAGCAAUGCAGACCACAGUAGGUUACACAAGUACACCUGAUACUACAGUAAUUACAACUGCAAAUUCAUCUCAAACUGUCAACACAACCUCAGAUUCAAUGGACAGAACCACACAAGGUUUGGGAUUAAACAUCUCAGAAAAGAACAUGACUAUUCUCUUCAGUGUUGUACUCGGCGUGUUUGCUAUGGCAUUGGUUAUGUUCAUGUUUCACAAAUGCAAACACAAAAUCCAAUACUUGCAUCAACCUCUUAACAACACUGAUGACAUGGAUGCAUUUGUGGCAGACGAUGACACACUCGUAAUUUCUGGAGGACUUUAUGAUGGCCAUCCAAUACAGGACAAUGUACCAACACUCCCAGCAGACCAAUCUCAAUUCCGUCUCGAAUUCAUUCAUUAAGGAGAGAGAGUUCCUACAGUUUGAGAUCACCUUUGGUGCUCUACAGGCAUGGACAAAACCAAUUAUCAUCAUCCGCCAAUUAGUGCAUUUGACUGAAAUUUCACCCCUGUGUAAUUCUAAUGCUUCAGAAAAUAAGACGGUGUAGUCCCUCAUUCGUCCAGGAGUGUUCUAUCGUAGAAAAGGUUUCAGUCGUAGUCAUCUGGACACUGUUUUCAGAAUCAAGACGUUUUGGCUCCCAUCCGGAAGUCAUUCUCAAAAUGACAAUGGGCAGAACAUUCAAACAAGGACAAUGUUGAUUGAUUUGAACAUCACUUUUACUCCAUAAAUGUAUUAAGAUAGUAAUACAUAACAACUACACCUUUUCCCACAGCAACAAUAUAAACGUAUGUGGAAUGAAUGAGAUUUCAUGUGAACACCAAUAAAUUAUCCCAUACAACAGCACUACAACAAACAGAUUUUUUUUCAAAGUACUUAAAAGCAUAGAGGGUGACUCUACAGUCACUUAAAAGAUACCUCAAAACCACAAACUUGCUAAAAAAGCAGGGAUAUGAACACACCUAAAUCUUUCUGUAACAAUACUGUUUAGCUGAUCCAAAACAAUACUUUCUAUGCAUGUUAAUAAAUAAAUUUGCCUGUUGUUAUUAUUAA